AUGUUUUUCACUAACACCCGUUGUCAAAAAUCUUUAAAUGACUGUAUAAUUGAUUCUGUGCUUGAACAUUUAAAUGCACCCUGGUUUAUAAUGACGAAUAUAAAUGAUGUACAUUUGCUGCAGACUUACUCUAAAGAAAUGUUAAUUAUAUCCUGUAUGGGACCUUUAAUAGUACAUUUUGGAAAUGUAGAAUUUCGUUAUGUGCGUUACGUAAUACUUAUGAAAUCUUUUAAAGCAUUGAAUGCCAUAUGCAACUCCGUGAAUUAUGAAAUUGGCAAUUUACAACAUAUUCUAUUAACUGAGGAUUCUAUGCGCAAUCAAACAUUAUACUAUUGUCCUCUUUGGGUUGGAUCAUACAAAAUAUUAGGACAGGAACAAAAUGAAAAAAUAUUUGCAAAUAAUUAUAUUAAUAUGGCUGGUCGUGCAAUCGUAACUCAGUCAAAUCUAUUGCCACCUUUUAAUAUCUUGUACAAUGAUCAAUUUGGAAAGAAAAAAUUAGAAGGAUAUGUGGCCAAUUGUGUGAAAACUUAUGCUGAAAGGCAUUUUGCUGGUUUGGACAUAAUGAGCACAGCAAAUGUGUUACAUUACAAAGAACUCUAUGAUUACGUGAUCCAAGGUAUAAUCGAUAUACCCUCAAUAGUUAUACCUCUGAGACAUAAGGGUUUGUCCAGUAAUUUCUCAUAUCCUUUGGAGUUUAUAGAUGAAUGUUUUAUGAUACCAUUACCUAGAGCUAAACCUAUAAAGGGUAUAUUUUUUAAUAUAACUCAGUGGCAUGUAUUGCUAAUUAUAGUUUUACUUUCGAUAAUAUAUGCAAUAUUCUUAAAUAUUGAACAUUUUAAUACAUUUCAUCAAAUACGUCUAAUUGAUGUGAUUUUCAGUGAUAAAAGCAUACGUGGUCUAUUGGGUCAAUCGUUUGUAAUGCCACAGAAAAUUACUAUAUUUAUCAAAUAUGUUUAUCUUUUAAUAUUCUACACCAAUAUAAUGAUCAUGACUUUCUAUACGGCCUAUUUACAAUCAAAUCUUAUUUCACCACCUUUGGAGAAAAAAAUUACAAAUCUUGAGGACAUCAGACAAGCUGGUUUAAAAGUUGCAGUACAUCCCAGAGACUUGGAAGAUUGGGAUUAUAAUUUUUAUAAAAAUUACCAGGAUAUUUUGCAUAUAACCGGUGACAAUUAUUCGGAUUUUAAAAAUUUACGUGAUAGCAUGGACUUGCGUUAUGUUUAUCCUGUAGACUAUCCCAGUUGGACUAUAUACCAUGAACAGCAGAAAUUGUUUCAACGUAAAUUGUUUUUCUUCUCCAAAGAUCUGUGCAUAAGUCGAAUGAGUUUAUUUGCUAUACCUAUACGAGCCAAUUUGCCCUAUAAGGAAAUGUUUAAUCAACAUUUGUUGGAUGUUCGUGAUACGGGUCUGCUGCAGCACUGGACUUAA